AUGAACCACGCUUUCGGCUUGGGGAGUGGAGGGUUCUGGGAGGAGGUGAGGAGGCUGCCGAUGCCGGUGCUGUGGUCGGAUUCUUGGUCGGACAUGUGGAUCGAUGAGGGGAAGAAAGUGGCGGCUGCAUUGCUCGACGCCAAAUUUGUUCUACCAUUCGGAGGCCGAUGGCCUCAGGUAACUUACCACCCACUGGAUGUUCUCCGGCUCAGGCUAGCAGUUCAAUCUGGACACAGCACUUUAUCUCAGAAUGAAGGAAUCUGUCUAGAGAAGUACAAGAAUAGACGAGAAACGUCUCUAGCAACUGCUCUUCUUUCAGCAACAUUUGCAACUUUGAUGUGUUAUCCCCUGGACACUGUUAGGAGCCAGAUGCAGAUGAAAGGCACACCACACAAUACAGUUUCUGAUGCUAUUUCAGGUAAUGUCCUCAAUACACUCUUCACCGGUCUGAAUUCUCCUGGCCAGUUUUGCCGCCGCUACUCGCCGGAGAAGACCACGGAUUCGCCUCCAACACUCUCCGUCUACUAUCCUCAGAGAAGAUCCGAGGGUCGCCCCCAACAACACCUGCCAAGAACUCACGGAGAAGAGACUGGAAUCGCCCCCAACAGUACCCACCUCCACAUGGAACAGAUCCACAAUCGGGCUGAGAGGAAUAUAAACAUCAUAUUCUUCAUCUGUCUUGCACAAACCGGUCUUCAUGUUUAUCACAAAGAUAUGGGAGGCCACCAUGAGGACAGUCUUAUUCGCAAGGAGCGCCGGUGGGCUGCUGCAACGGCAUCACAUGGCACAAGGGGUCCUUCGUCGUCAAUCCAGCCACCAGUCACAGAUAGUCAGACUGGAGCGUCUCAACCAUUGCCCAUGCCCAUACCCAUACAGGUCACUCCAGAAGAUCUUGAUCAUGAAGAUGCCACCGACACACCUGCUACGCCACCAGCUACGCUCUCAGCUGCUGAAAUCGUCACGCCCGAAGUUGGGAAGACAUACACACAUACCCCGACAUUGGCAGAGGAUAUGAUCCCAAAGGUGGGGAUGUUUUUCGACACUGAAGAGCAUGCAUACGAGAUGUUCAGGAGAUAUGCCAAAGCAACUGGUUUUCCAAUUAAGUGGGAUAGGAAAAAACAUACUGUAAGGGACAUAUCCUGCUCAAUGUCUGGAACAUGGAAAUACUAUAAGCCUGAACAACAGCGCACUCGCAAUAAGUUCACAAAGAAGACCGGCUGCAAGGUUUACAUGAAGCUCAAACAUGUGUCUGACAUGGAAGGUAAUAACAAUGGCAAGGUUUCUGACGUGGCCGAGAUGUUCAAGGGAUUAGACAGGGAGAACAAGACAUUCACUCUAAUGCACUGUUGGAACAAGUUGAAGGGUGAAGACAAGUGCCGAGAGGAAGAGAAUGGCGGAGCAGCAAGCCAGUAA